AUGUCGCACCCCCGCAUAGAAGAGGUCGAGGACAGCGACCUGGAGGCCUCGGACCCCUCCGAGGGCGACAUUGACGACUUCAGCGACAACGAUAUCAUGCGCCGCGUCGAACCAAAGUCCUCGGCGGCGUCGCAGAUCAAACCGGCCAACAUCCCACCCGCGGCCGCGCCGCGCCCCGGGGCCCCGGGAUCCGAGUUCCAGACGACCAACGACGCGAAGCAGUACGCCGACUUCCAGUGCCUAUACCCGGUGUACUUUGACGCGCGCCGCACCCGCGCCGAGGGCCGCCGCGUGCCCAAGUCGCUCGCCGUCGAGAACCCCAUCGCCCGCGAGAUCGUCAAGGCCUGCGCGGCCCUCCGGCUGCCGACCCUCUUCGAGCCCGCAAAGUUCCACCCCAAGGACUGGGCGAACCCGGGCCGCGUCAAGAUCCGCAUCCGCUUCGGCGGCGAGUCCGGCCGCGGCCGCGAUGGCGCCCAGUAG